GGGGAGGCGCGGCAUCAGACGAGCCGGCGGCGGCGGCAGCGGCGCCGGCGGCGGCCAACACAAACAGCCGGCCCGGACUGGCGCGUGAGUCAGAGCCGGCCGGCCGCGGCGCCGACGGACCAGCCCAGCCGCCGACGACGACGGCCGCAUCGCACAGUGACGCGGCAGACCCAGCCAUGGUGGACUGCGUUCGUCGCAAGCAGAACAUUCUGCUCUGCACGUACGCCGACGUGCUGUGUCCGCGCAAGCAGACACUCGCCGACGCGUCGCCGUCUCGCCAGCGAGCCUACCGCCUGGAUGAGGAGGACAGCCCGCAGCCGGACCCGGCCGACAGGUUCGGGAUGAGCAUCAACCUGCGCGGCAGCGACAUCUGGCUGGAGCCGCUGCAGGACGAGAGGUCGUCCAGAGGCCGCCGCGAGGGCAGCGGCCAGGGCCGGCGGCGCGCCGCGCCCCGCGAAGCGGCCAGCUGGGACGUGACGGUGACGCGCGGCUCGCGCGGUCUCGGCCUCAGCGUGGAGAGUGCGGCGCCCGCCUGGCCCAGCCACGUGCGCGUGAAGCGCGUCUUCCCGCACCAGCCGGCGGCGCUGACCGGCUGCAUCCGGCCGGGAGACGUACUGCUGCGCGUCAAUGACAUGCCCGUCCGGGGCCUCUCCGUCCAGGAGGUGCUGCACGUGCUGCGACUGGCCGGCACGGAGGUGCUGCUCUCGCUGGCGCGCCCGGCGGCCGACGACGGCGACUCCGACUCCGACUCCGACUCUGACUCAGGCGGGCGGGACGAGUCGGAGUCGGCCUCCCGCUCCUCUCUGCGGCUGGAGCCCGAGUGUGUGGGGACGUUCGAGGUGGCGCUGGAGAAGGUGAACAACACGCUGGGCCUGAGCCUGCGCCGCACCGAUGACACCGUGCUGGGGCACACGAUCCGCGCCAAGGUGCGCGAGCCGGCGCUGAGCGACGUCAGGCUGCGCGUCGGCGACAAACUGAUCCAGGUGAACGGCGUCGACACCACCUGCAUGUCCCACGCCGAGGUGGUGUCGCUGCUGCGCCAGAGCGGCCAGCGGGUGACGCUGACGCUGUACCGGGACGGCCAGGCGACGCCCGGCAGUCCGGGCAGCCCGGUGACGACUCGCUCCACGCGGCUGAGGCCGGAGGCGGUGCAGAUGCUGACGGGCCUGGCGUUUCGUCGCGAGCUGAGCCUACCGGAGGGUGAGGGCGAGGGGGCGGCGCCGGAGCCGCCGGCGCGGCGCGGCUCACGGGCUGAGCAGGUGCGCCGUCUGAGCUGUGGCUCUCGCGGCUCUCCGCGCCUGCGCCGCCGCCGACAGACGCCCAGCCCCGGCCCGGAGCCGACAGUGGCCGAGCAGCCGGAGGAGCCGGACCGCUUCUCGCGCCUCCCGGGCUUCGACGCUCUGGACGGCGUGGCGUCAGAGCGACUGGAUCAGCUGACGCGCAUCUCGGAGAGCUCGGCUCCGCCAGAGAUGGACGACGUGACGUCAGAGCGGCUGGAUCAGCUGACGCGUAUCUCUGAGAGCUCCGGCGGCGCCGAGAGUGACGGCUGGCCCGAUAGCGGCGAUGAUAGCGACGCUGAACUGCAGGAGCGCCAUCUGCGUCGGGUGGCGGUGGAGGGCGAGCCAGCGGGCGGCGGCGGCUCGGCCCGCGCCCGGCACGCCUACCUCUCCGUCCAGCCGCAGCAGCGCACCAAGUCGGGCCACAUGCUGAAGCGGAUCAGCUCGGAGGAGAGGAUGGACACCGCAGGGCCGCCGGACGUGGGCGGUGACCUCGCCAAGUGGAAGGGCAUCACGUUGGACAGCGGCGACCAGGACGCAGACAGCGGCAUCGUCUCCGGCGGAGAGGGCACGUCCAGGGGACAGAGCAUGUGUAUCCAGCUGCGUCGCGGCUGGUCGUCAAGGCUGGGCUUCUCACUGCACGCAACAGAUGGCAGCCACAUCGUGUCGCACAUCCACCCGGACAGCGUGGCCGCUCGCGACGGGCGGCUCCAGGUCGGCGACGUCCUUAUUAAGGUGAACGACUUCCCGGUCAAGGGCAUGACGUCCGAGGAGGUCAUUGACCUGCUGCGCAAGACAAAGGGCGCCAUCAGCCUAGCCAUCGUCCGACUGUGACGUCGCCGACCGGCAGUACCGGGGAUUUCUGAGCCGGUGACGUCACACCGUCCGCGCGUGACAUCACCAGUGGCCUGCGCGGCGUCGCUGUUGGCGCGUGGCGCGCGAUAAACGUGUUGUGAGUCGAUCAGACACUGCAGGGAUAUUUUAAAGACUCGCGCGUCGUCUGUUGCGGAGUUUUAAACGAGCGCUGCGCAGGCCGCGCCGGCUGCUGCGUCAGCGGAUCAGUCGCGUCGCCCGCACAGCCGGCUCUCUCAGCGCCUGUGUCGCGAUCACAGAGCUUUACAGCACGGGUGGCGUCGGCCGCGUGGGGCCGGGCCAGCCGGGCACGCACGGCCCCACUAGCAGGCCGUCUAACUGGGGGGUUGGCGGGCUGCCGACCGGGCGGGUGGGGCCUGUGUUGGUCUGGACAGCUGACAGGGGAGGGGGGACGGUGACGGAGGGACAGGCCCGGGAGACGGUCGGCGCCUCCUGAAACGACGCCGGCGGACGCACCGGCGCCGCGCCGGCCCAUCGCAACAUUGGCUUUAAAUUAGUGGUGGAGAGGCUGCCGGCCGUCGGCGCGCGGAGUUCCAGCGGGAGUUCCGGCGGGAGUUCCGGCAGGAGUUCCGGCAGGAGUUCCGGCCCAUCAGCGGCCGCCGCUCCACGCCCGACCGAAGACAGUCGGGCGAGCGGCGUGGCCGACGAGCCGUGCUGUCGCCCGGCGUCCGACAGAGCGUCCACGCCGCCACCUCCGCACUUAGAGUGUCUAGUCAGCGUAGGGCGUCCUCUCUCUGUGGUGAUAGCGAGCGGUGGGUGAUGGCGCGCCAGCCCAGCACUGGGUGGCCGUGGUCGGCGCUGGCGGCAGCGGCAGCUGGGGUGUGAGGUGUCGGGUCGGCACCGAGGGGCGGGUCCGCGGCUGGGGCCCGCCGCCGGCUCAGCUGCCGCGCGCGCCGCCGCUCGUCGACGCCCGCGAGAGCGGAGGUGCCACCGGCUCCGCCUCGGCUGCGCCGAGACGCCGGCAGUGACGCUGUGAAAUGUGAUGUGAAAUGAGCGUGCUAAAGAUGCAUAUA